AUGGCGGGGCCCGGGGCGGCCGCGGCGGCGCUGCUCCCGGCGGUCCUGCUGGCCCUGCUGGCGCCCUGGGCGGGCAGAGGGGGCGCCGCCGCGCCCACCGCACCCAACGGCACGCUGGAGGCCGAGCUGGAGCGCCGCUGGGAGAGCCUGGUGGCGCGCUCGCUGGCGCGCCUGCCGGUGGCCGCGCAGCCCCAGGAGGCGGCCGCGCAGAGCGGCGCCGGCGACUACCUGCUGGGCAUCAAGCGGCUGCGGCGGCUCUACUGCAACGUGGGCAUCGGCUUCCACCUCCAGGUGCUCCCCGACGGCCGCAUCGGCGGCGUGCACGCGGACACGAGCGACAGCCUGCUGGAGCUGUCGCCGGUGGAGCGCGGUGUGGUGAGCAUCUUCGGUGUGACCAGCCGGUUCUUCGUGGCCAUGAGCGGCAAGGGCAAGCUCUACGGCUCGUCUUUCUUCACCGAUGAGUGCAAGUUCAAGGAGAUACUCCUCCCCAACAACUACAACGCCUAUGAGUCCCACACGUACCCUGGCAUGUUCAUCGCCCUGAGUAAGAACGGGAAGACCAAGAAGGGGAACCGAGUGUCACCCACCAUGAAAGUCACCCACUUCCUCCCCAGGCUGUGA